AUGGUAUCGACGGAAUUACUAUAUAGAACGACUCGAGCGUUCGCCUCGAGAUCUUUACUCAAGCGAAAUAUCCUCUACUCCUCCCUCAGAACCUUCACCACAACACAGAGUUACAGGGGAAUUGAUAAGGUCUGCGCAUCCGCCGAAGAAGCUAUAAAAGAUGUCAAAUCCGGAUCGACAAUAUUAGUAGGCGGUUUCGGACUUUGUGGAGUUCCGGAUUCAUUGAUCAAUGAACUCGAGAAGAGACCGGAUAUUAAGGAUAUAACGGCAGUUUCGAAUAACGCGGGAACCGAUGGGAAAGGAUUGGGGAAGUUAUUGGCUUCGGGGCAGAUUAGAAAGAUGAUUGCUAGUUAUGUUGGAGAGAAUAAAAUAUUCGAGAGGAAAUAUCUUUCUGGAGAAAUCGAGUUGGAGUUGACGCCUCAGGGAACAUUGGCGGAAAGAUGUCGAGCUGCUGGUGCUGGUAUCCCCGCAUUCUUCACCCCAGCCGGCUACGGUACAUGGCGUCAAACCGGCGAACUCCCCGUAAAGUACAACCCAGAUGGCACCGUCGCCGUCUACUCACCCGUCAAAGAAACCAGAGUCUUCAACGGUAAAACAUUUAUCAUGGAAGAAGCCAUCAAUGCCGAAUAUGCAUUCGUAAAAGCAUGGAGAGCCGAUAAGCUCGGUAACGCACAGUUCCGUCUAGCAGCUCAGAACUUCAACGGAGCUAUGGGUCGAGGCGCCAAAAAUACUAUCGUUGAAGCGGAAGAGAUUGUUGAUGUUGGAGUUAUUGAUCCCGCUAUGGUGGAUCUUCCGGGCGUUUAUGUUAGCAAGGUGGUUCAGAGCACGGCUAGCAAGGAGAUUGAAAAGUUCACAUAUGCGAAGACUGAGGAGGAGAUCAAGGAGGCUGUUACGGGAGGUGGCGGUGGGUCGAAGAGGGAAAAGAUUGUAAAGAGGGCAGCGAAGGAGUUCCAGAAUGGUAUGUUCGCAAACUUGGGUAUCGGAAUGCCGAUGUUGGCUCCAACUUUUGUGGAUCCCAAUACUUCGGUCACACUACAAUCUGAAAACGGUAUCUUGGGUUUGGGACCAUAUCCUCAACAGGGGAAGGCAGAUCCAGAUCUUAUCAAUGCCGGAAAAGAAACGGUUACCCUUAACGCUGGAGCAUCCGUCUUCGGAUCGGACGAAUCUUUCGGCAUGAUCCGAUCUGGCAAGAUCAACCUCACUAUGCUCGGUGCCAUGCAAGUAAAUGAGUAUGGUGAUCUUGCAAACUGGGCUUUGCCUGGUAAGAUCAAGGGAAUGGGAGGUGCUAUGGACCUCGUCGCCAAUCCGGAGAAGACAAGGGUCAUUGUUCUCACAGAGCAUACAGAUAAGAGGGGCGGCGCAAAGAUCGUCAAGAACUGCACAUUCCCUCUUACUGGAAAGGGCUGUGUUAGCAGAAUUAUCACUGAAUUGGCCGUCUUCGAUGUUGAUUUCAGGGAAGGGCUAACUCUCAUCGAAAUUGCCGAAGGCACAUCCGUCGAACACCUAAGGACAGUAACCGAACCGGAGUUCAAGGUUUCGGAUAACCUCAAGACUUUCUAA